UUAGCGAGACUAACGAACGGAAAUUCAUUUUUAUUUAUAUAGAAAUCAUUUUCUACAUUCAAUUUUACUAUUCUAUGUCUUUUCCUUUAAUAACGUGUCACUUCAAAGUCAUAAUGAUGCUAUCAUAAUAGGUGAUGGUAAUCAGACUUGUCAAAAUCAAUAUUUUGAAGUUUGGAAUUAUAGAAUAAUAUUUUAUAAAUUAUGGGGUAAUUUACUUUAUCCGAUGGUAACAUUAACAUUUGUAUAAUGUCAACUGAAACCUACGCGUUCCAAUUUUCCAGUUGUCCAGUUCACACAUUAUACAUCUUCUAUCUCACCUAAACUGUGUGAGUAAAAAAGAGACAACAAAUACUACAAAUGCUGUAUUUUAAUCUAAUUGAUAUUGUUGGCGAUGGAAUUAUUCACUGUUUACGAUUGUUUGAAAACAAAGUAAAUUGUAAAAUGAAACUGAAUCAUUACGUUGUUUUUAUUUUUAUUUUGUGAUAAACUUAUUUAAAAAUCCGUUAAAUAUGAACAAUUUGUGCAGAAUUUGUUUAAAAGUUUCUGAUGGAAAUAUGCAAAACGUGCAAGAAAGUGUAAUUCUUUUUAAAAUUCGAACAUUUCUAACGAUUGAAAUAUCAACAGAAAAUUCAUUGCCCAAACAAAUAUGUAAAGAAUGUUCUAAUAAAACAACAGAAUUGUAUCAAUUUUGUUUAAGUAUUCAAGAAACUGAAGCCAAAUUAAAAUCAUAUUUAAAAAAUGGGUGUUUACAAGAAUAUUAUUCUAAUUUAAUAAAUAAUAUAGAUUUUAAAGAUGAAAAGACUGAUAUUGUAUUUUGUGAGAAUAAUGAUGUUAAAACUGAGACUGAGGACACCUAUUGUGAGUUAGCAGAAACAAACAAAAAUGUAAUUGAAAACAUAGAUAAAUGUAAAAAUUUAAAACAAGAAUUUUCCAUAGAUGAUAUUCAAGAUGAUCAUUACAGUUCUAAUGACGAAUUAACACUAGCAACUAUAAAAAGUAUUAAAAAAGAAGAAAACCUUACAGAAAACAAAAAAAAAGUAAAAACAAAAAAGAAGUUAGAACAAAAGACUAAAGAGGAACUGUCCAAUAAUUCAAAUACUUCCACAGAUAAUAUAAAACAAUUUACUUGUUUAUCUUGUUUGAAGAUAUUCGAAGCUCAGAACAGCCUUAUACAGCAUUAUCAUGCUGAACAUUUGAAAAAAGGUAAAAAUUCAUCUGUGAAUUAUUCUGAAUGUAAUUUGGAUGGAAAUAUUACGUACAGUUGUAAAACAUGUGAGCAUACAUGUAAUAUAAAGAAAGAUAUAAUAAAACACGUUGCCAUUCAUUUUGAUGAGAGACCUCUGAUUUGUAAACUUUGUGGUAGAACUUAUAAAACAGUUCCAGAAAUCAUCCGUCACUCCAGGGUCCAUAAUGGUCUAAAACUUCAAUGUUCAUACAAGUGUGGCUACAGUACUGCUUACCAAGGAGCUUUGAAGGAGCAUGAAAAUAGACACCAGAAUGUCUAUAAGUACACUUGUGAUAAAUGUGGUGUUGGUUUCCACGUGAAGACUUGGUAUGAACAGCAUCAGAACAUUCAUACUGGACUGAAGCCUUAUAUCUGUGAUAUUUGUGGUCAUGCCUUCCAUAUGGCCAGAUACCUGUCAGCCCACAGGAGUUUGAAGCAUCCGCAGUCGUCAAACGUGAAGCGAUAUAUCUGUGUGCAUUGUGAACACAAGUGCGAUAGUGCCAACAGUCUUGCUCUGCAUAUGGAGCAACAUGGGAUAAACAAAGAAAAGGAAUUUCUUUGUGACUUCUGUGGCAAGAUACUCGCUAGUGCUGAUCAAUUGAAGUAUCAUCAUCGCAUGCAUUUAGGAGUUAAACCUUAUUCUUGCAGUAUAUGCAACAAAACAUUUGCAAAGAAGUUUAAUGUGAAGAUCCAUAUGAGUUCUCACAGUGGGGAGAAGACUCACGCUUGUUCCCGAUGUGGCAAGAGAUAUACACAGAGAAGCACGCUGUUACGACACUUAAAAAGACAUCAUGGUGGUGCAUCGCCAAAACGUUCAGAAUAAUCUGGUUUCACCACUAGAAUUACAAUAUAAUAAAUAAGUAAUCGAUAAAGUGUUAUCCGUCAAUAAAUAAGUACCAUGCAUAGCACUAUUGUUUUGUAU